GUGAUAAACAUAUUCAUGACUGUAAUAAGAAUACUGACGAUAAGCGAUAACCCAAGUGCAGACCAUGUCAAUCUCAGUCGCUUCAGUCAAAAGCAAAUCAUGAACAAGUUAACAUUGGUUACUUUGCUUUUUUUCGGCAGCUGUUUCUGUGCGGAUGAGGAUUACUACUGGCGCGAGUACUUCGGGGCAGUACCAGCAGACGCAUUCGUAGCGGGAAAAACCCUGGACGGAAAAAACGUCUACAUCGGUCAAGCGUACCUCAAGGAUGCUGGCAUAAUAGUAGCACAAAUCUCUCCUGGAGAAAAAGAAGUUUCUGUUCCUUACAACGGAAUACAUAAAGUCAACAAAUACAUCAAGAUUCUUUGCGGCCCUCAAGUGAAGUUUUAUUGGAUGAAAGCAAACGCUACGGAUUUACAUGUGCAGGUCACCGACAAACACGCAGUUUUGGGAGGCCACGAAGACAAAAACGGGUACAUGAACAUAGGAAGGAUCAGCCUUUCCGGGGACGUGAAAAUAGGAAAAGUCAAUUCCUUCUGGGUGGAAAAUGCCUACUUUUACUACAACGAAAACGGUAAGGAGAAGAAGCUCCGAUCGUACGAAAUACUGAUGUACAACGGCGAAAUUCCCGACGUUGAUGUUAGAAUAACUUCAGAGUAAUACGUAACUGAGUUAUUUUUUAUUUAAAUAUAUCACACUCAAUACAUAAGGUAA